AUGAAUACUACACCUCGACAAACGGAAAAAUCACCAACAGUAAGCGAGCAAAAAUACCGUCAAGGGCAACAGCAGUAUAUGGAAACAGGAGUUGUUAAUGAAGAUCUUUCACAAGUCAGGCAACAAGAAUUAGAUGAAUUAUAUCAAGAUAUUCAAUCGCGUAUAUCAGCUGAAAUUGAUAAAGCAACAAGUAGUUAUUACGAAAAUUGCCAAUUGAUAGAAUCUAGUAUUAAUGAAGUUGAAAUGGAGGCAAGAUUAAGGGCAGAUGCAUCAUUUCAGAAUCUCCAAGGUGAGCAUAUUAAAGAACUAAUCCAAGUGGAAAAACAAUAUGCUUUGGAAAUAAUCAGAACAAAAACAAGAUUAAUUCCAGCUGUUGAAAACCUUAAAAGGAAAGCCACUACCUUAUCAAAGAUAGGAAACACAGCAGAAUCUCGCCAAGCGGAGCAAGAAGCUCAAAAAGAAAAAGAAAAUGAAAUUAAACGUAGAAAGGCAGAAGUUGACAAGGCUUUUGAUUCGACUAGAAAAACAAUCUUUACUAGACAAAGAUCUGAACUCUCAAUAUUAGAUGAAAAAUUAAAAGCUCAACUGAAUCAGAUUACAACUAUUAAAGAAGCACAAAUGAAGAGUCAGCUUCAAAAGUUGAAGGUUGCAAUACAAUCAAUUUUGGCUCAUUCUUGUGAUGUAAUACCAAACCAUCUCAAUAAUCCGAAAAAUAAAACUGAUAUCAUGAAGAAACUUCAAGGAUUUGCUAACGAAAAGCUUAAAGAAAUAUGCAAUACUGAAGAAGAUAUUGAGUUACCUACCGUAAUUGACCAAGCAACAUUUUCAACAAAGAAAAUUUCUAAAUAUCCGCUUCAAUAUUUCAAUUCCGCAAAUGAGACACAGAUGAUUAACAAUAGCGCAAGACGAUCAAAGACAGUCUCUCCUCUUUCACCAAGAAGAACACCAAAAUAA